GUGUUCCAUUUCACCAGCAUAGCGUAGAAUUGAGUCCACCUUUUUAAAAACCCAAAACCCUACUGUCUAUUCACUACACUACCCACUCACUGCUACUCCGCUAAUUUCCAGAGAUCAGCUCACGCCCACUCUACCAAAGCAUGAAUUCCUGUACUCUUCACUAUGUUUCCAUUAAACUCCCUGAACUACACACUUCUAAGAUUUUGAGCCCCUUUAGUUUGACUAAGAGGGAUUUUAAAGUAUUUGCGGUUGCUUCAAGUGUGAACGAGCCGUCCAAUUAUAUCCCAGCAGCUCCCAUUUUUAUCCCAGAAGGGCCAUGGAAGGAGAUUCCUGGGGGAAUUACUGCUGCAAAGGGAUUCAAAGCUGCAGGCAUCUAUGGUGGAUUACGUGCCAAGGGAGAGAAACCUGAUCUUGCACUUGUCACUUGUGACAUCGAUGCCACAGCUGCAGGGGCAUUCACUACAAACAUGGUUGCUGCUGCACCUGUCUUGUAUUGUAAAAAAGCAUUAGAUAUUUCCAAAGUGGCACGUGCAGUAUUAAUAAAUGCUGGUCAAGCAAAUGCAGCAACAGGUGAUGCGGGUUACCAGGAUGUGCUAGAAUGUGCUGACACCCUGGCUAUGAUGCUUAAAGUGAAGCGAGAGGAGGUUUUGAUUGAAUCCACAGGUGUAAUUGGUCAACGAAUAAAAAAGGAAGCACUUCUAAAUGCAGUUCCAAGAUUAGUUAAUUCUCUCACAUCAUCGAUUGACGGGGCACUUUCUGCUGCAGUGGCGAUUACAACUACCGACCUUGUGAGCAAGAGUGUGGCAAUUGAGUCCCAAGUUGGAGGGACAAACAUACGAGUUGGAGGAAUGGCCAAAGGUUCUGGGAUGAUCCACCCUAAUAUGGCCACCAUGCUUGGUGUAAUAACCACUGAUGCACUUGUCAAAAGUGAUGUUUGGAGGAAGAUGGUACAAAUUGCUGUUAACCGGAGUUUCAACCAAAUAACAGUAGAUGGAGAUACUAGUACCAACGAUACAGUCAUUGCUUUGGCUAGUGGUUUAUCUGGAUCAACCCCAAUAUCAUCUAUCAACUGCAAUGAGGCAGUGCAACUUCAAGCUUGCCUUGAUGCAGUAAUGCAAGGUCUUGCCAAAUCAAUAGCUUGGGAUGGAGAAGGAGCUACAUGCCUAAUUGAGGUAAUAGUGACUGGUGCAGAAAGUGAGGUGAAAGCAGCAAAGAUUGCACGCUCAGUGGCAUCUUCUUCACUUGUCAAGGCAGCAGUGUAUGGCAGAGAUCCAAAUUGGGGAAGGAUUGCUGCUGCUGCUGGCCAUGCAGGGAUUCCUUUCCACCAGAACAACCUCCACAUUAUGCUGGGGGAUAUUUUGCUGAUGGAUAAGGGGCAACCACUUGCAUUUGAUAGGGCUGCAGCUGGUAACUAUCUCAAGAAGGCUGGUGAGACCCACGGUACAGUUGGAAUCUACAUUUCUGUGGGUGAUGGAACAGGAAGUGGACAAGCAUGGGGCUGUGACUUGAGUUAUGAUUAUGUCAAAAUAAAUGCACAGUACACAACAUAGAGAAAUCCACUGUAUCCCAGCUAUCAUUCACCAAAUUGAACUUUACCCCAUCAGAGGGCAUUCCAAAAGAUUAAAUAAAUAACAUUGCUUGUUAUAAAA